ACAAAGAGAGAGUAAAGAUAUCAAAAGGGACAACAACAUAAAAGAAACUAAACUUGUGCCUCUUCCACUUCAUUUUUCUCUCUUCAUCAAGAAUCAAUGGCUUCUACUCUUACUACUCCAACUCCAAAAAAUGAUGUUGUUGAUGAUCAAAGUCAUGACACCACAUUCUCAACCCCAGUUUUCCAGCCAGCGCCACCGACGACUCGCCGGAGCCCAUCAUCUCUCUCUUCUUCCCCAUCUCACUCUUCCAACUCUUCCUUUGGAUCAUCACUCUCUUUCCAUGAUAUUCUUGAUGAUCAUAAUUCCCCUAUUAGCCCAACAACUCCUCUUCAAUUUCCAAAAGGGAUACCCUUUUCUUGGGAAAAACUUCCUGGAAUCCCAAAACAAAUAUUUUCCAAGAAAAAUAGUACUACUUCCCUAGGACAACUUCUCCCAUUAAUGCCACCACCAGCUGGAAAUGCAAAUAUUUCAAAUUCAUCCAAGAAAAUUACUAGUUUUCUUGAUGAGUUUUCUCCAAGAAAAAGUGCUGCUAAAAGCUUUAGAAAAGAUCCAUUUUUUGCUGCAUUUGUGGAGUGUUCCAAGGAUGAUCAACAACAAUAUGAUGAUGACAUUUGGAAAAAUGGAUCUUCAAAGGUACCAUCAAUAAGAAGUUUAAGUGAUAGAUUUGGAUUCAUUAGCAUGUAUACGUCUUGCAAAAGAACUUGUACAGUCUCUGAGUCCAUUGUUUAUCUUCCAAGAUCAAGAAAUUAUACUAGGAAGUACUAGGGAUCACGAGUCAAUUAAGUCCAAGAUCGACAGACAAAUGUGGAGCCAGAAUUUUAAGUUAUCAGUUCUAAAGCGAAUCUAUUGCUCGUUUUAGUUAUGGGGCUACUGAGUUUGUCAGGAUAUGCCACUAAUCUACAUAUAGGUUAGGUAAGUGUUACAUUUUCGUGUUCAAUGCAUAGUUAUUUUCAUGAAAUUGUACGUAACAUAUGCUUUUUUACUUUUGGCUUAUUUGUAAUUUUCCUUUUGUGGGUUUUAUGUUAUGCAACGUGAGGACAAGUCAAUGUGUUUGUCCAAAACUAAUUAAUACUAGUACAAUUAUGAGUA